GGGGUAAAGGAGAUUGAGCUCGUCGGAAUUCAGAGCCUCUCUUCCGCAUUGGAAUUUCAGAGCGUCUCUUCGUCGAUAGUGACGGGGUUGAUUAGCGAUGACGGCGAACCUGCAUCUGAAAUAGUAAAGGGGGUGAGCAAUGGCGACGGCAACGAGGACUUGAACUCUGAAGGCGGCGGAGACUCUUUUACUAGGGGAAGACUCAUAAGGAAUCAAAGACUCGAAAGCCCAAUCGAAAACGAUGAGUCAACUGGCGCCGGGUAGGAGAACUUCUGCAAUAGCGAGAAUUAGGUGAUAAAGCAUUCGAUUUCCAAUUUGAAACGACGACUCA